AUGUUCGGCGCCAGAUCGCCCUCUUCUUUAUUGGUCAGGGGUCUUCAUUUCAAACACAAAUUGACCAAAACCCUAAUUUCAGGGCAGACCGUGUUGAUCAGUGACGAAUGGGAUGGAGCCCAACAGACCUUCCACGCCCUUGCCGGAUUGGUCGCCCUGAUUCUCACAAUCUACGCGCCCUCUGCAUCCCUCGCAAAACCAACACCAGCACCAGCAGGAGGCGUCACCAUCUCUGCUGGUUCCGAUAAGAUCUACAGCUGGACCCUCCCCGAUAUGCCGUCGACCCUCCAAAUGCUCUCACAACCCCUUGCGCUCUCCAAGCCCCUUGUCUCCGGCAAGGAUGAGUUUGAUAUCGUCCUCGAGUCCUCCCUAAAGAAGGGUGGCAACAAGAAGAAGCAAAAGAGAAGCGGUCCUAGCCGUCUCGAUUUCUCUGUCGAAGCUGAAGCUGCUGCUGCUGCUGGCGACGUCUCUAUCCUUGCUGCCGCCUCGACCGGCUCUGCAUCCCCCUUUGCAAGCGGUGAGCGUGUCCUCCGUUCCCUCUACCCUGUCGGUUCCUAUUCUCACUCCGGCGACAAGCAUGCCUCCUUUGUCUCGACUCCCCUCCCUCCCGCAGCCUUCACUGGCCCCAAGAGCCGCUACAUUCGCCUCGAGUACCAGAUGAUGUUCCAGCCCGGUUUCAACUGGGUCAAGGGCGGCAAGCUUCCCGGUAUCCUGAUGGGCAGCGAGUUGGGUUGUAACGCCGGUUGCUCUGGCGGCGGGACCGCCGAGAACUGCUUCUCUACUCGUAUGAUGUGGCGCGCCAACGGCAUGGGCGAGCUCUACCUCUACGCCGCAAAGUCUGUUUAUUUCCCGAACGAAGGUCCCGGCAAGUGCAAGCGCAGCCUCGACAAGAGCUCGCCCGAGGCUAUCUUUGAGCUCCAGAAGCGCUGGAUGGAAGAUUCCCACAUCCCUGAGAUCCCCCACGAACUCGCAGCCAAUGGCGGCGGCUGCCUGGACGGCAUGGGUGUCACGAUCUCCCCCGGCGCCAGGAACGAGUGCAACUCCGCCUUCGGCAUCUCGGUCGGUCGCGGUGGCAAGUUCCAGUUCAAGUCGGGCCAAUGGCACAAUAUUACCCAGGUUGUGCGUGUCAACUCUAAGGGCAAAGCCGUCCGCGAUGGAUACAUGGCUGUCUAUCUUGAUGGUACGCCUGUCGUUCAGGCCAACAAGCUGGUCUUGCUCAAGAACGGAUACGACCCUGCCAAAGGCGGUGACAGCCGGUUGGUCAAGUUUAUGUUUUCGUCCUUCUUUGGUGGCGGCUCCAAGGACUAUGCCACUCCCACCAAGCAGUGGAUCGCCUGGAAGGACUUCAAGAUGGCCACCAACUCCAAUAAUGCCUGGGAGCAUUAA